ACUUUGAAUUGUAUAAAAUCAGUUGAAUUUAUAAAAAAAAAAACUGACCGAGUUUUUAUAUCACUAUCGUUAUGAAUCGCGUGCGCAGUCCCAGACCAGUAAUAAUUAUAUUUUAGUAAGUGUCGGACGUGUAACAAAAGAAACAGUGUAAAAUAGUUAUUUACCUUUAGUCCCGUAAUACAAAUCUAAAUUCCUUAUAGUGUGAUAAUAAAAAUUGUGAUCGCUUAUACCCUUGACCUUCGAUCUCAAUCAACGACAUUCAACCAGUCAAUUACUUCCAGGAAAUACCCAGGUACUAUGGCUCCUAAUAUAGAUAAAAGGCAAACUAGUUUCCCGCACUUAAUGUAUCCAAUUUAUAGAGACAAAGAUCCGAAAACAGCUUACCAAUGGUUAAAAGGAAAACACCAACUGGACGGCGCUGAAGGCCUGUGGAGAAUACACGAUUCACUUUACGACUUGACCGAUCUUAUUUCAUCACAUCCUGGCGGCCCUCAAUGGAUAAGUAUUACAAAAGGGACAGAUAUAACGGAGGCAUUCGAAACGCACCACCUUCUUGGUGUCGCAGAAACUUUAUUGCCUAAAUAUUUUGUGAGAAAGGUUGACACGCCAAGAAAUUCUCCCUUUACUUUUAAAGAAGACGGAUUCUAUAAAACUUUGAAGAGCAAAAUCCAAAAGAAAUAUCAAGAGUUACCAAAAGAUUUACGAAGAAAGAGUGAUACAGCUACAGAUUUCUUAUUACUUUCUCUUCUGGUCUCUAGUCUUGCGUGUACUUAUCUGUGGAAAACUGAUUUCGUAUUAGGAGGAAUCGCAACAGUUGUCACGGGGUAUAUUCUUAGCGCACUCACCACAGCUGCACACAAUUACUUCCAUCGUGCUGACAACUGGCGAAUGUAUCUCUUCAAUUUCAGUGGAAUGUCAUAUGAAGACUGGAGAAUAUCCCACGCUUUGUCGCAUCAUUUACAUACGAACACAGUAAACGAUUUGGAGCUGAGCAUGUUGGAGCCAUUCCUACAAUAUAUGCCUGCUAAGGAUAAACCUAUAUGGGCUCAAAUGGCUUCUUUUUAUUACCCUAUUAUAUUUGCUUUCGCUACAAUUGGAAUGUUUGUUAUAGAAUUGUUUACAGCGGCAAUAUAUAUGGAUGGUAAAAAAUUAAGUUGGGCAAAUGCAAUACAAUUUUUCCUUCCUUUUUGGAUGUGGUGUUUUGGUGGACUGCCUUUAUCAUAUACAUUGUUACUAUGGUUCACAAUUACUGUAAUAUGCAGCAUUUUCUUCAUGUGUUUUGGCUUAACGGCUGGUCAUCACUCCCACAAUAAUUUCUUCGAUGGGGACAUACCGAGAGCCGAGUACUACGAUUGGGGCAUUCAUCAGUUAGACACUGUAUCCGAGAGAGUGGACGAAACUGACAACCAUUUCAAGUCGCUAACUCGUUUCGGAUUUCAUACACUUCAUCAUUUAUUUCCAACUCUAGAUCAUGCAGAAUUGCAAUAUCUUUAUCCGACUUUUCUCGAACAUUGUGAUAAAUUUGAUGUUAAAUAUCGCACAGCUAAUUAUAUGAAGUCCUUCAUUGAUCAUAGCAAGCAACUGAUAAGGAAACGACCGAAUAACUUUAGAGACGUAAAGAGUCAGCCUACUUAUAGUACGUUGAAACAAUAAAAUGUUAAUAUUUUUGUUUCCUUACUAUUUCGCAUCCAUAUUUCCUUAAGAUGCGA